UGAGACCAUGCUGUGCACCAUGUUGUCUAGACUGAGGCACACUGACGCUGCGCCCUGUGUGAGCGCCUGCCGCUGGACACACACCAAAGAGAACAAGCCUCUCAUGUUGAAUCCUCGCACCAACAAGGGCAUGGCCUUCUCACUGCAGGAGAGGCAGAUCCUGGGUCUUCAGGGUCUUCUGCCCCCCAAGAUAGAGUCCCAGGACAUCCAGGCCAUGCGUUUCCAGAGGAACCUGAAGAAGAUGACAGAGCCAUUGGAGAAGUACAUUUACCUGAUGGGGAUCCAGGAGAGGAACGAGAAACUCUUCUACCGCGUGCUGAUGGAAGACAUUGAGGAGCUGAUGCCUAUCGUUUACACUCCCACYGUGGGCCUGGCCUGUACACAGUAYGGACACAUCUUCAGGAGGCCCAAAGGCCUGUUCAUAUCCAUCUUGGAUCGAGGCCACAUUCGCUCCAUAUUGGACAACUGGCCAGAGACCAAUGUGGCGGCGGUCGUGGUGACAGACGGAGAGCGUAUCCUGGGCCUGGGGGACCUGGGGGUGUUUGGGAUGGGCAUCCCCGUGGGGAAACUAUGCCUGUACACUGCCUGCGCUGGGAUCAGGCCCGAGAGGUGCCUUCCUGUGGUCAUCGACGUGGGAACUGACAACGAGACCCUUCUGAAGGACCCAUUCUACAUGGGUUUGUACCAGAAGCGGGAUCGUUCCCAGCUCUACGAUGACCUGAUCGAUGAGUUUAUGGAGGCUGUGGUGGACAAGUACGGCCAGGACACCCUGAUCCAGUUUGAAGACUUUGGGAAUCACAAUGCAUUCCGCUUGAUGAGGAAAUACCGCGAGAAGUACUGCACCUUUAACGAUGAUAUCCAAGGAACUGCAGCGGUUGCCCUGGCAGGGCUGUUGGCAGCUCAGAGGGCCAUUGGGAAACCCAUCACUGAACAUAGGAUCCUGUUCUGCGGAGCAGGGGAGGCUGCCCUGGGUAUCGCCAACCUGAUUACCAUGUCGAUGGUGGAGAAGGGUUUAACCCAGGACGAAGCCAGGAAAAAGAUCUGGAUGUUUGACAAGGAUGGCCUACUGGUCAAGGGCCGAGCGCAGGAGACAGAUGGCAACCAGGAGGCUUUUGUGCAUGAAAGUCCCGGAGAUGUGCAGAGCUUCUUAGAUGCAGUCAACGUCAUCCAACCAACAGCCAUUAUUGGUGUGUCCGGGGCUGGACGCCUCUUUACCCACGACGUCCUCAAAAAGAUGGGCACCCUAAAUAAACGACCAAUUAUAUUCGCCUUGAGCAACCCCACCACCAAGGCAGAGUGCACGGCUGAAGAUGCCUAUACCCUCACAGAUGGYCGCUGCCUGUUUGCCAGUGGAAGUCCGUUUGGCACGGUGACUCUGGCUGAUGGACGUGUUUUCACACCUGGACAAGGGAACAAUGCUUACAUAUUCCCAGGUGUAGCCCUGGCUGUGAUCCUCAGUGGCGUGAGACACAUCAGUGACACGGUCUUCCUGGAAGCUGCCAAGACCCUGGCAGACCAGUUGACUGAUGAGGAGCUGGCKGAGGGGAGGCUGUACCCGCCACUGUCCAACAUCCGAGAGGUCUCUGUCCAGAUGGCAGUCAAGGUGGUCCGGUUUGUGUACGCCAACAACAUGGCCUUCCGGUACCCAGAGCCCAAGGACAAGGACACCUUUGUCAGGUCAACUGUAUGGGACAUCAACUACGACUCAUUUCUCCCUGACAUCUAUGAGUGGAAAGGGAUGAACCCAGCACCUGAUCAUUAGAGAGUUUUGGGUGUGGAAAGGGGGCAACAAAUCACGGUAGAGAAGGUGUGCGGGCGUUAAAGAGGGAAUGGUAAAACUGGGAGGUGGGGAGGACAGUGAAAUUAGGUUAGUUGUUUAAUCCUAGUGCAGAUAUUUGACCGAUUUCUUUGUCAAAAUCAAUUGGCGGGCCAGAAAAAUGUAUAUCUAGUUUUUGUCAUUCAUGAGUGGC